AUGGCCGCGAGGUUUAUUCUCGUCCCUCCCGCGCCCGUGCAACACGCGCCAUACAGCGUACGCUUCAACACCGCGGUGACCUCCGACAAUAUGAACGGCACGCAGCAACCCGUCGCGUCCAUGGCCGCGCCGGCCGAAGAUGGGUCUAUACAAAGAGGGAGUGGAGGAUCAGGCCGCUCCGGAAGUGGGAGGUCGCGACAGAACCCGCAACAACAGCUCUCGACCAUCGAAAAGUCCGUCACACAUCUCCUGGUCGCUACGAAGCAGCUCCUGGAAACCCUCACGAUGUGGUCAACAGCACGCGCAACCGAAGGCGAGGUCUCCGAUGUCUACGUACGGCUGGGAUAUGAGUUCAAUAUCGCUUGCAGGGCGUUUAAUGCGAUAGGAGUGGACACAUCAGACUUGGGACCGGUUCCGGACAUGCUACGGACUAUAUUGGAAGAGACGUUGAGCCAGGAAGCAAAUCAACAGAGCUUGGAAAAGUACUUGCCGAGGAUAAGGGACAUCAUUAUAAAUCUGCUGCAUGGGUUGAAGAAGAAGCAACAAAGAUUACGACAGCGAAGCAAUCGAGAUGGUGCUGAAGCGAAUCGUCAGCCCCGGCAGGCUUCUUCGGCCAGCAGCGUUGCAUCAAAUUUGACAGAGCAGCUGGAGGAUGUGCCAUCUCGACAUCCCAGCAAUCGGUCGUUUGCGCAGAGACAGGGCAGUGGAGACAUCAGCGCUGCAGAUCUGCCUCCCAGGACGACCAGUGCUGCAGUGAACAAGGGCUCGCCGAAGAGACACGCAGUCAGCCCUCAGAACAGCGUCAGCAACGGUCAUCCACGACAGGAUGUCAUCAGCAACGACUCUGGAUCGUCCAUCUCCAGCACGAGCAUGCAGAACAUGCCUGUUAUUGCACCCUACCCCGAGAACGAAACGAUGCCAACGAGCGAGAGCUAUGAACAAGAACGAGCAGAAAUUCCACCCAGAAAACAACCACAGAAAGCGAAUGAUGCACUGACUGCACUGCAACGAGGAGGAGACUUGGAACGAAGAGCUUCGAGGCGAUUCUCUGCAUACCAAAUACAGAAGCAUCUUGGAGCGGCGAUGCCCGGGAUGCCUGCAAUACCACCUUCACAGAACUCGCCCAUCCCGAAUAGAGGUCGUGAUGCUCGCGAGUCUUUGAAUGCUGUAAGAUCCCGUGGAAGCGCCAUCCACGAUCGGGCCAGGUCACGCAACCAGAAGACAGGGAAUGAGGCUUCGCCGAACAGAGACAUCGAUAGGCGGAUAUCAGAGGAGUCGAGUUCGCACCAAGAAGAUGAUCUGCCUGCGCCAGGUAAAUCGUCUACGGUGCAGGAGCUACCGGCUAGUCCACUGGUAAAGACGCCGGAGGAUAAGCUCGCGGACACUUUCUUUCCGCAGGCAGAGGAAUCGUUCAGCGCCACUGUGAAUGGACCUAUGGACGAGCCAUUCGUCCCGGUUGCGACACCCACAGAGCUUGAAAGGACGUCUACUGUCAAGCUGUCAAGGCACUCAACACGACAGGGACGCCAAUAUACCCCUCCAGCAUCGCAAUUUAUUCCCGAAGGAUCGCCUCAGGCUGGCAAGGAGCUUACACUAUUCUUGCAGUACAAGAGCAAGAUCAAAAAGUUUGUGUUGCCCGACGGCGGCGAUCUCACGAUACCCAGAUUACAGCUUGCCUUUAUCGAGAAGUUCGCAUGGAACACGCACAACAACGGUGUCGACUUGCCGGAAAUUUACAUACAAGACCCAGUGUCUGGUGUAAGGCACGAAUUGGAAGACUUGAACGACAUCAAGGAUCGAUCUGUAUUGGUCUUGAAUGUUGAAGUGUUGGACGAGGUCAAACGGCAUUUCGACGACGGCAUUGGUGGGCUCAGACGCAUUGUGGAGGGCAUCAAAACCAGCAUGGACGAUCAACAGGUCACUAUCCAAAGAGUCUCCGACAGGCAGCAAGACACGGCAAAAGAGCUGGCAGUCAUUGCAGCUGCGCCGGCUCCCGUCGCUGCGAUCCCAGCUGGCUCUGCGACGGCAAGCAAAGACAUGGGCCAGCUCAAGGAAGUGCAGUCACUACGGCGAGACCUCGCUGUGGUGCGACAAACGUAUACCUCCUUCGUGUCCGACAUGCAAGCAUCCAUGACCACUCUUCGCACCAAGGCUGCCACGGUCAAACAGGCCGCAGUCGUCUCUGCAAUCCCAGAGAUGGACAACAACACCGGUCGUGCCUACGUCAACAAUGGCAAGAAAUCCCUUUCGGACGACAGCGAAAGCAUCGUCAACCGCGUCGACGACCUCCAGGAUCUCGUCGAAGACCUCCGUAAAGAUGUCGUCACUCGCGGCGUCCGCCCUCUUCCCCGCCAACUCGAAGAGGUCAGCCGCGACAUUAGCAUUGCCACUUCGGAUCUCAAGAAACUACAAGAAUUCCUCCGCAAAGAGAAGCCAGUCUGGACGAAGAUAUGGGAGAAAGAAUUGCAAGUCGUCUGCGACGAUCGCGAUCUGCUCACCAUGCAGGAGGAGCUCGCCGCGGACUUGGAAGACGACCUCGAGAAAGCCGCGCAAACCUUCGCGCUCGUGGAGCAAGCCACCAAACAGCAGAACCUCGCCUCUCCGACUGCGAACGGCGGCGCCGUCCCAACCGGCGUGCGCUCCACCUCACGCACGCUCGUGCCCAUUCCAACCGCCGAUCCCGCGAAAGCAAAAGACAGCGUCCUCGGCGAAGUCCGCGCUCUCCAACCUAAUCACGAGUCCCGCCUCGAAGCGAUCGAACGGGCCGAACGUCUGCGCCAGCGAGAACUCGAGACUCGACGUGAAGGUGAAUUCCAAAAGGAGCUGGGCAAUUUCGUGGAGGAGGGCAAACUCAAGAAAUCUGGCGGCGUCGAGGAAGUGGAACGGCAGAGGAAGUCGAGGGAGGAUCGCACGCGGAAGGAAAUCUGGGAACGUCAACAGCAGAGAUUGAGGGAAAUGGCGGAGAAGGAGGCCGCUGCGGCUGCGGCGGCCGCUGCGGAAAAGGAGAAGGAGGCUGAAGGAGCUGAGAGUGCGGAUCCAGCUCCUGUCCUGGCGGUUGACAAGGAGUUGCCGCCUGUUCCGACGGAGGAAGAAGAGGAGCCUGCGGCCGCUGAUGAGGCUGGCGGAGAUGAGAAUCCCAGCAAUGCCGCGUCCGAUGAAGAUGAAGUCUUUGAGGAGGCGAAGGAAGAUGCUGCUGCUGCGCCGCCAGCGGAUGAGCCUGCUCCUUAG